AUGGAGUUGGCCAUUAUUAUCACUCUAUUCGACUUCUCCAGAAACGAAACGAACAAACGACUAUGCAAUCUCGACCGCGUGUCGACCUAUGCUUCACCGGUGCACGAAGUCGUCGUGGCGGACAACGGACCGAACAAGUGCGAGAGGCGGAGGCAUGACGACACGCAAGACAACGGUUGUAUUGCGCAGGCGAGACUAGAGCGAGAGACAUAUGAGGCCAAGAGACCAAGAGACCAAGAGACCAUGAGGCCAAGAGACCAAGAGGCCAAGAGACCAAGAGGCCAAGAGACCCAAAGGGGGACCCUUUUUGAGAUGCGCAAGACGCAAGACAAUAUAUCCUAG